AUGUCGGCCGCUGCAAAGAACGUUAUUGCCACGGGCACCUCGUCGGGCCUGGGAUUUGAAGUCAUCAAGCAGCUGCUUGAGAAGCCCGAGCCAUACAACUUCAUUCUCGGUGCUCGAGACAUCCAGAGGACCCAAUCUGCCUUUGACGAUUUGAAAUAUGAUACCUCCAAGCACACCAUUUCUCUUGUGCCGGUUGAUUUUACCGACCUGCGCAGUGUACAGCUCUUUGUUCAGCAAGCAUUGACCAAUUUAGGUCCUCACAAGUUGGACCUCCUCUUCCUAUGUGCAGGCAUGGUGGCUCCCGCGGAAGGGCCCAGUCCUCACGGCUCACAGUGGUGCGCUCCCUACGUUGUCAACCAUCUCUCACAGCACUACUUGGUUCAUUUGUUGCGUGAGACUUUGGCUGCAUGCAAGUCGCGGAUCGUCGUGGUCUCCUCGGGUGGAAUCCGGAAUGUCAGAAACCAAGAUCCGACAACCCUCGAUGUCGACCUGAAAGCAAACUCUGGAGCAGACCACAGAGUCGUGUACAGUGCUUCCAAAUUUGUGCAGCUACUAGGCGCGCACUAUUGGCGCCGUGCUCUGCCCGAAUGUACAGUGGUGGCUGUCUCGCCUGGUCUCAUUCCAGACACAAAGCUUGCUGGAAAGGACAUGGGAUUGACCAUGAAUAUGCCUGAUGCGAAGACCGUUCCAGAGGGCGCCGAGAACCUUCUGCGUGCGUGGAACGUGAGUGAUUUUCCAUCGGAUCCUCAGCAGAUUUUCUUGACCAGCUGGGGUGAAUGGUGGCCCAAGGAUGUCUACGCCCUCAGCCUUGAUCCUGCCCUGCAGGACAAGUGGUGUUUGAGCAGAGAAGAAAUUGAGAAGACCGAGGGUCUUUCGGCUUAA